AUGCGUGAGUCAAGAUACAUCACACUCAUCUGCCCUCCCUCAGCUGAGAAGGCAAUCGCAUCUGCAUUGAGCAUCAACCCCUUUCUCACCAGUCUGCCGUUCCCCAGCCCUGUUCUGCUAGCGCCGAAGGAGCUAGAUCAGAACACGGCCACUGCGGAAAUCUUGCGACUACCGGAAGUGCGAUCAGCAGUAACGAAGGACUUUGUGGUGCUUCCAUGUGACCUGGUGUGCGAACUGGGUGGUGACAAACUGCUGCAAGCAUGGAUGGUCAAGUCGGCCAGCUUGUCAGAUUUACUUGGUGACUCUCAUGCCUCAGAAAUUUCUCACAGCGGCGGACUUGGUGUCUGGUAUCAAACCAAGACGGCCACGCCUGUCAAAGGUGAAGAGACAGACUUCAUCGCUACCGCGCCAUUGCCGUCAAUGCCAACACUGCCGCCAAAGGACUCACUGCUGCCACACAUAUCCAAACUGGUGUAUUCAAUGCCUAAAGAUUCGUUGAAGGACUUCAUGGAUGAGAAGAGAGGCUUUCCCAUUCGGCAUGGCCUAUUACGAAAACAUUCGAAGCUGAAGAUGCUGAGCACACACAGAGACGCACAUCUGUACAUCCUCCCUCGAUGGAUCAUGGAUUAUGUCCAAGAGAAUGAGAGGUUAGAAAGUAUCGGUGAAGAUGUCAUUGGCUGGUGGGCAAAGGCUGGCUGGCAGACCGGUCUGUCUAAGAAGCUGGGCAUUACAACUGUCCUGGAAGGUUCAGAGACGCAAGACGAAGACACGUCGGCUCAAGGGGAUGAUUCUAUCUCACCCGAGGAUGCAGACCCCGAGGAGCUGCGACGGGAUACUUCUGCAAAAGGCUUUCAGCUGCAUUCAGAUGUGACUCGUCACAAUCAUGAGGCUGGCGAUGCCGCACAGAACAUAGAUCAGGAGACAAUUCCACAAAUAUUGGCAUAUAUCCAUCCCUCCACACCAUCAGCACCCCUAAUACGCCGGGCCGACACUGCGCAGCUUCUCUUAUCUAUAUCGCUUCAGUUGGCAAAGCUUCCGUCGGUUGAGGAAGCUGGAGUCGAGCCGGCAUCCCCUUUUGCUCAUACCCGAAAGGUCGCCUAUCCCGAGGGCGUCAAACCUCGCACGACUAUCACCCGACAAGACAGCCUUGUUGCCGACAAUGUGACAGUUGAAGAAAAGACAUCGAUAAAAGAAUCAGUCAUCGGCGCCAACUGCCAGAUCAGGGAAGGCGCCAAGCUGUCACAAUGCCUGUUGAUGGAUGGUGUCGUCGUUGGCAAGGGUUGCAAGCUCACUAGAUGCAUACUGGGCAAGCGGUGCGAGAUCGGCGAGAAUUCAGUCCUGACAGAUUGUGAGGUCCAAGAGAAUCUGCUUGUUGAAGCAAAGACCGAAGACAAGAACAGCCAACUCAUGAGCAGCUCAGGUCUGGAAGCGACUGAGGAGGAGAUGCAGGAAGUCCUGCAGGAUGCUGGAGAAGAUAUCAUGCCAACAGACGACGAUGUCGCUGUGAUAGGGUAA